CCCUGUUAAUUUAAUGUUGGCAGGUAGAUUUUCCAUUAUUUAGCUACUCAAGCUUUCGUUAAAAUUUCUUGUAUUUAAUAUUAGAAAAUACUUAUCGGAUAAAAACUUAAUUUCGUAUCUUGAUUUAAGGACCUAAUCAAGUCCCUGACGGGUUUCUCAAAUAAAUAUUAGCAACAAGUAGUUAGACUUUGAGAAAGACGAGGCCGUCUAAUAAUUCACAAUAUAAGUACACGAUGAAGUGCCCCCAUUGCCCAAAAGUAUUUAAACUUAAACAGCAAUUUAAAAACCAUGUCAUCACGCAUUACACAAACGCUUACGUUAAGUGUCAGAGUUGCGAGAAAACUUUAAAAAACCCCAGGAUGCUGUACAGGCACAUGCGAAAUAUGCAUGUCAACAAGCCGAAAUCCACAGAGGCGAGGUCUCGAUUCCCUUGCACGUAUGUAGGCUGCGAGAAAACAUUUUUGCAUAAAGGUAGUGCCACAGAUCACUUCAAAAGAGAGCACGCCGAGAACCCUGUCCGAUUUCCUUGCAUCCUUUGUGGGAAGGAAUUUAAACAGAUAUGCAGCUUAAAACUGCACGCAUUAUCGCAUACAACAGAAAAGGCCCAUGUCUGCCCUACUUGUGGAAGGGGUUUCGCAAUAAUGGCGGUGUUGAAGGCGCAUGAGAUAACCCAUCAGGACAAAUCGGUCAGACAAAAAUUCGCGUGUAAAUUAUGCCCGAAGACUUUCACCUGCAAGGUCGGAUUCUGGCGGCACAGACGGGAUUAUCAUCCAAGUCCUGAAAAUUCCUCCAACACAGUCCGCAAUGAGAAGAAUGACACAAAUCUUCAAGUUCAGUGUGAGAUUUGCCGGAAAACCCUAAAGAAUCCCACAACGCUCAAUAUGCACAUGAGAAGCAUGCAUACUAACAAACCCAAAUCUGUUUGUUGCUAUUGUCCUAAAGAAUUUGCAUAUCCCUCAGGUUUGCGAAGGCACACGAAAAGUUUUCACAGAUCGGAGCAGCGACCUCGAUUUCCUUGCAAUUUUUCAGGCUGUGGUAAAACAUUUCUUGAUAAAGAUUACGCCGUGAAGCACUUUAAGAAAGAACACACCGAGAGUCCCGUACGAUUUCCGUGCACCCUUUGCGACAAGGAAUUUAAAUCCAGGUUGGCCUUAAACCAACAUAUUUCACAACACACGACAGAGAAGCCGUUUGUCUGCGCAGCUUGUGGCAGGAGGUUUGCAACGAUGGGUGUUUUGAAAGCGCAUGAGAGAACCCAUCAGGAGAAAUCUUCCCGAAAAGAGUACAAGUGUCUGUCUUGUCCUCAAAUUUUCUUGUGCCCAACCGGCCUUCGGAACCAUGUUAAGAGUUACCACGAAAAUCAGAGCAACUAUCCCUGCACCUUUUAUGAAAAGAGGCUAAAAUCUGCGCCUGGAUUGGAAUACCAUGUGCAAGCAAAAUACUCAACAAGUAAGGAAUUUCGUUAUUCCAGUGACAAAUGCGGAUUAAAAACCUUAUCCAAGGGCAAUCUAACGAAGCACAUGGACAGGAUCCAUGAGGGUAUAAAACGGUACGGAUGCUAUUUCUGUGGAGUGAAAUUCUACGCUUUUUUUGGCCUUAUUCGUCAUUGUAGAAAACACACGUUGCAAAAACGAGUACACUUCGAUUAAUUUGUACUUGACUAUAAAUUUUACGAUUUCGUCAUUGAUAUAUAGUUGCCAAUGAAAUGUUUUAUUAGAUUGAAUAAUUUAAAGGAAAUUUUGAAAUCUUGCAAAUAUAAAAAUACUCAAAAGCGUUGCAAAGUUUGAUUAGUUUACCACUGGUAUGAUAACAUGAACUAUCAAACUAUAUGAACUAAUUAAUGAACUGAAGGUGUUAACUACGUAUAAACGAAUACAAGUACUUGCUUAGUUAUUUUUAGUAAGUAAUUUAGCAUACAGCUUUUAAAAAAUUUAAAUUUGUUACAAUAAAUAUAAAAUUAAUUGCCUCGAAAAGGCCUGGCCAUGUUUUAUGUAAUUACCAACUUAUAAUUACGGUAGUAUUUUAUUGGUGGUGAGCGCCGCGCGGCGCUCAUAUGCGCACAUGUAUUUACACAUUUGUGAAUCUCCCAUUUUUGUAUGUAGGUCGCGGAUACGGAAUAAAUGAUUUUUUAAAAAUUGACCUACAUUUAUGUCCAUACAAUUUUGUAUAAAAUAAAAAUGAGUACGGAACAUUUAUAUAAAUAUCGUCGAAUUAGCCAGAAUUGUCAUAUUUAAAUUGAAUGCAUAAAA